GGCCGCGCUCCGCGGGGCCCCCGCCGUCGCGGCCCUCCGCGGGCACCUUGGUGCGGUCCCCCGCGCUGGGAGUCCUCGGGCUGCAAGAGCUGCGUGCCGGCGCGGAAACCUGCCCGCCGAGGUGGCCUUUACCUAACGGCCGGUGCUGCAGAUCAGAAUAAACUCUACUGUAUUUGUCCUGCCUGCCACCCUCCUGCUCCUCUCCCCUUUUCUGGCUGUGAGACAAAUAUGACCUAGAAGGAUGGACAUAAAUGGAGUAUUAUCUUGAUGAAGGUGAUACUGAUGCCAGCAGACUGCUCUCUAGACAGAAAGAUGUCACUAGUAGAUUUGGGAAAGAAACUUUUAGAAGCUGCCCGAGCAGGUCAAGAUGAUGAAGUUCGCAUUUUGAUGGCAAAUGGAGCACCUUUUACCACAGAUUGGCUGGGAACAUCUCCACUUCAUCUAGCAGCACAGUAUGGACACUACUCAACAACAGAAGUGUUGCUGCGAGCAGGUGUAAGUCGAGAUGCCAGAACCAAGGUGGACAGAACUCCAUUACAUAUGGCAGCAUCAGAAGGCCAUGCCAGCAUAGUAGAAGUCUUACUGAAGCAUGGUGCUGAUGUCAAUGCGAAGGACAUGCUCAAGAUGACUGCACUUCACUGGGCUACUGAACAUAAUCACCAAGAAGUGGUAGAACUCUUAAUAAAGUACGGAGCAGAUGUCCAUGCUCAGAGUAAAUUUUGCAAAACUGCAUUAGACAUUGCAAUAGACAAUGGAAAUGAAGAUCUUGCUGAAAUAUUACAGAUUGCCAUGCAGAACCAAAUCAAUACAAAUCCAGAGAGUCCGGACACUGUGACAAUACAUGCAGCGACACCACAGUUUAUCAUCGGACCUGGAGGGGUGGUGAACCUAACAGAUGAGACAGGAGUGUCUGCUGUACAAUUUGGAAAUUCAUCAACAUCAGUAUUAGCCACGUUAGCGGCUUUAGCGGAAGCAUCAGCCCCACUGUCUAAUUCUUCAGAAACACCAGUUGUGGCCACAGAAGAAGUGGUGACUGCAGAAUCAGUGGAUGGUGCUAUUCAGCAAGUUGUCAGUUCUGGAGGUCAGCAAGUUAUCACUAUCGUUACGGAUGGCAUUCAGCUUGGUAACCUCCAUUCGAUUCCAACCAGCGGGAUAGGGCAACCGAUCAUUGUGACCAUGCCAGAUGGACAGCAAGUAUUAACAGUUCCAGCAACAGACAUUGCUGAAGAAACUGUGAUAAGUGAAGAACCACCAGUCAAGAGACAGUGCAUUGAGAUUGUUGAAAAUCGUGUGGAGUCUGCAGAAAUAGAAGAAAGAGAAACUCUUCAGAAGCAGCUGGAUGAGGCAAACAGAGAAGCACAAAAAUAUCGUCAGCAACUUCUAAAGAAAGAGCAAGAAGCAGAGGCUUAUCGGCAGAAGUUAGAGGCAAUGAACCGCCUCCAGACUAAUAAAGAAGCUGUUUAAUAAAAAAAAAAAAAAAAAAAGAAAAAAAAAAGAAAAAAAAAAAAGAAAGGAACAUACUGCAAAACCUGUUACUUUAAGUCAAAACCUGCAGUACAAUCUUGAACUGUACACUAUAUAGGUACAGACACGGGAUUACAUGAUAGAGAAGAUGCUACAAGUUGAUAACUGGACUUAAGCCAUGAGCUCUGAUGAAUUUCUUGUAACAUAAAAACUCUGAAUUUAGAAAUUGUGAAAAGUAUUUAAAAUGAAAUACUGUAAAUAGUUGUUUUUUUUACAGUUUCAAAAUGAGUUGAUAAAUCUUUUUGAAGGGAUCCAGAAACACAAGAAGCCAAUGUUUUUGUGAAAUUUUUGAUUUUAGUAUGAAUCUAAUUUCUGAAAAACAGAACAGUUUUAAGGGUGAUGUUACUGAUUUGAGCUGACAACUUGAAAAUGAAUUAUGUGACAAAAUUAAUUAACAGUUAUUUCUACAAGGUAACAACUUAAACUUCUCUGAAUAAGACAUUUCCAGGUGGAAAUUUUUGUAAAGCUUUAAGUAGUUGUCUCAGAUUCUCUAAAAAAACAAUUCUUCUUUUUCUUUCUUUUUUUUUUUUUUUUUUGACAGUGAAAUUUUUGUAUUUAAUUUCAGAUAUAUCCAAGUAGAUUUACAUGUAUAUGAAGCUAAUAUUUUUUAAACUUUUUGGUUUGUACAUAUGCUGCAUGUUUUUAUAAUUUCUACACAUACAUCUUGCAUAGGUAUUUUUCAGCAAAUAUGAGAAAAAUUAUGAGAAAAAUGUUUAGCCUUUAGGUCAUUUGAAGUAAGCUAGCAGCCGGUUUUAUUGUGAAUGGUAUGUUUCCUGGAAGAAUGUAAUUUGUAAUAAAAAAAUACUGAAAAAUA